UAAUCACGGGAGACUAUGUUUGAGCCAACAAAUCUCAUUAACGACCGGCUGAGAAUCGCCUUCAAAAUGGCAUCUUGGACUCUGGCAGCCCUACUACUGUCUCUCUCCACAGUCUGCUGUGAGAGAUACAAGGAAUUUGUCACUCUCACCCCCAUCAACAAUGUGGUGCAGGAUCCGCGCACAGGCCGUAUCUACCUAGGGGCCGUCAAUGCCAUCUACCAACUGAACUCUUCAUUGGAGAGGGAGAAAGUGUUAACUACGGGUCCCAAGAAAGAUGAUCGCCAAUGCACACCACCCAUUCAGUCGUCUUGUGCACAUGCAAAGGACACAAACAACACAAACAAGCUUCUACUGGUUAACAGUGCCAAUGGCUCGCUCAUAGUCUGUGGAAGCCUGUUCAGGGGUCUCUGUUCUCUGUGGAACCUCAGCAAUGUUGAGCAUCAGAUCUACUACAAUGACAACAAGGGUGAGAAGACUUAUGUGGCCAGCAUUGAGGAGACGGUGUCUGUGGUAGGCGUGAUGGCAAACUUUGUCAAAGACUCUGAGACCCUGCCUGUCUUUGUGGUGGGGAAAGGUUACGGAAGCCAGGACAGCUCCAAGCUGAUCAGCACGCGCAUCUUGCAGGACAAUAAUGACUGGGUCAUCUUUGAAAACAUCGUGGAUGCUUCUGGUGUGCAGGCCACCCCCUUCAUCACAAAGUACUUGCACAAUUUUCGUUACUCCUUCAAGGAAAAUGGGUUUUUGUACUACUUCUUCACCCGUACAAGGGGAGAAUCAGACAACAAGAACUACACCUUCAUCUCACGGCUGUGCGAGAAUGACCAAAACUACUAUUCUUACAUUGAACUUCAGCUCAACUGUAGCCAAGACAACAAGUACAAUAAAGUGCAGACAGCCUACAUUUCCUCGGCUGGGGAGGAACUGGCCAGAAAUUUGAGUGCGUCUGGUCAAUAUGGUGUCGUCGAGUCAAUGGACAAGGUUCUGUUUGUGGUGUCCAGCACCGAUGGGGACGAAAGCCGUUCAGCACUCUGCAUGUACCCUCUGAAUGCCAUCAAUGACCGAUUCAAGGAGAUCCUUCGUGCCUGCUAUUUACAGCAAGGAUAUGACAAUAACAAAAUAGCUGUUGAUUCACCAUACUCAGCUCGUCCAUCUUCAUUUUGUUCUUUAAAUAUGCAAGACAAGUGGUCACAAUUCAAUUGCGGCGCCGACUUCCUCCCUUCACCCUUGGCCAGCGCACAACCCCUCGCUCUGACUUCUGAAGCCUUCUACAAAACAGACGACCUACUCACGGCUGUGGCGGUUGCCGUGGAGAACCAGCAUACCGUGGCAUUUCUGGGAACCAGCAAUGGAGAGGUGAAAAAGCUGCACCUGCCUGGCAGCUCAAAGGACUACCAGACUAUUACUGUAUCCAACUCUGGUGAUAUGGUCAACAAGCACCUCUUAUUUGACACAAACUACACUCACCUGUACAUCACCACCAGAAAGAAGAUCUCCAAGGUGCCAGUGCAGGUAUGCCAUCUAAAGAAGGACUGCCAGUCCUGCAUGGCCCUGAGGGACCCAUACUGUGGCUGGUGUGUGCUUGAGGGCAGGUGCACCCGGAAAUCUGACUGUGAGAGAGCAGGGGAGCCUGCUCAUUGGCUGUGGAGUCCCACCAACCAGUGUGUGGAGGUCGAGUCUUUUCAGCCACCUAACCUCAGCUGCAAAAAGACGAAACAGGUGGAAAUCACUAUGAAAAAAGAUUCUUUCCCUAGAGUCAACUCGAAUGACCAUGUUAUGUGCAAAUUUGGGAGUUCUGAAAGUCCUGCGACGAUCAAGGAAGAGCAGCAGAAAUCAGUGGUCAGCUGUGAGGCCCCUGUUCUCGGCAAAAUAACAAGCACUCCUGAAAAUCCUGAUUUCAUGGAAGUGCCGGUGACCAUCUUCGCAAAAGGCCAAGUGGAGCUCACCUCGAAGCACUUCACGUUCUAUGACUGCAGAGCGGCCCCGAGGCGGGUGGAGAACAUGCCGUGUAUUUCUUGUGUGACUAGUUUAUGGCAAUGUCAGUGGAACACUCAGGAUUUCACCUGUAGUGACAGUGACGAUCGGCAGGGCACGUACAUUAUCAAACCUGGCGAGGAUUCAAAAUGUCCACGGUUCGAGAAGCCAGAACCUAAUUUGAUCUCAGUGGGAAUGAAAACCCCCAUUACUUUCACAGGAGUUAAUCUCGAUGCGAGCAAGGAUUCAGCCUUUAAGAUUAGCACGGAGCUCAUGAAACCUAUGGAGGAAGAGGUCAAACUUAUAAACAAUAAGUACAAGUUCAGUGGACACGAGUUUACCUACGGCACAACACAGACCGUUAACAUACUGUUUUACAUCAUGGGUAUAAAUUCAGGAAAGAAGAUUGACAGUCAAUUAAACGUGACCCUCUACAACUGUUCAAAGGGUCGUGAAGACUGUAGCUUGUGUAAGAGUGCUGACCCUAAAUACGACUGCGUCUGGUGUACCAAGACCAGUUCUUGUUUGUACAGACAACUUUGCCCCAGUGGUGACCAGCCAGACUGCCCUGGUCCCACAAUUACAGAAAUCGUCCCUCGGUAUGGGCCUUUAGAUGGUGGGAUUUCGGUUACUAUUAAAGGAUCCAACCUGGGCAUCAAGAAGGAGGAUAUCGAUACCAUCUCUGUGGCGGGUAUCCCCUGUGUGCACCAGCAAGAGAAAUACUCGGUGUCCACAAGCGUGGUGUGCGAGAUAGGGAGUAAGAGCACAGCCAACUCGGGUCAUGUGGAGGUUCAUGUGAAAGGAGGGAAGUUUGGAAGGUCACAGGUUCUUUUCACAUACAGGGAUCCUGAACCUGACAAGAUUGAGCCACUCCAGGGCCCACUAGCAGGGGGGACAGUUAUCACCAUAUCUGGAACAGAUUUGGACACAGGCAGCAAGGAGGACCUCCACAUUUCUAUAGGUGGUGCUCCCUGCACUGUUGAGACAUUCAACAAAACAAUUACAUGUAAAACUGGCAAGUAUGACCCAGAUGUCCCAUCUGACGACCUGUUGGUCCAAGUCCGUUAUGGAAAGACCACCACAAAGCAGGUUAAGUCGUUCAGGUUCUUACAGAACCCCAAAGUAGACGGCCUUUACCCAGAAGAGAGUUUUUAUUGCGGUGGGAGGAAGAUUGAGGCGAAAGGCUCUAGAUUUGCUCCUAUCCAGAAAGCCAAAAUGGUGGUGGAAGUCAAGCACUCAACCAGUAGCAGCCCAGUGGAGUAUGAACAAGAGGCCUUCAGCAGAAAUGAUACGACACUUCGCUUCUUCUCCCCAACUGUGAACAAGACCGAGGACAUCCAGUCCUGCAGAACCUACAUAGUUUUGGAUAAUAUCAGGACUGAAAUGACCAAGUUUAAAUACCAUAGUGAUCCUAUUUUUGAUGAGCUUCAAAGGAAGAAAAUAACAGAAAACAGUAUCAUAUCUGUCACGGGCAGCGGUUUUGCCAGGGCAAUGACUGCUGAGGAGGCAGAAGCCUUUUUGGGAGAUGCCAAAUGUGUGGUCAACACCUUGCAGGAUGACAAAUUGUUCCUAGAGGCCCCAACCUCUCCCCCAACAUUACGUUCCAAGAGGCCCAAGAGAGACACCAGUUCAGACCAGCUGGAGCUCAUGAUCAUAUUUGGUAAAGGCGAAUGGAUAGUCGGUUCGGUCGAAUAUGGAGGGAGAACAGAUGUUCCUUUGGAGAUCAUCAUUCCUGCCGUGAUCACUCCCAUGCUGAUUAUAAUCAUAAUUGCUGUCUACUGCUAUAGGAGGAAAAGCCAGCAGGCUGAAAGAGAGUAUGAAAAGGUGAAGCACCAGCUGGAGAACCUGGAGGAGAGCGUUCGUGACCGCUGCAAGAAAGAGUUCACAGAUCUCAUGAUUGAAAUGGACGAGCAUACCAGUGACCUCAGUGAGGGUCGCAUCCCCUUCUUGGACUACAAGACGUACACGGACCGCGUCUUCUUCCUGCCCUCUAAGGAUGGUGCCAAAGAUGUCAUGAUUACGGGCAAGCUGGACAUCCCCGAGGGAAGGAGGGCCACUGUGACACAGGCCCUUAACCAGUUCUCCAACCUGCUGAACAGCAAGCCCUUCCUCAUCAAUUUUAUUCGCACCCUGGAGUCUCGGCCAGACUUCAACGCCCGGGCCAGGGGAUACUUUGCCUCCUUACUCACGGUGGCAUUGCACGGUAAGCUGGAGUACUACACGGACAUCAUGAGGACUCUGCUGCUCGAACUCAUGGAGCAGUAUGUCCGCAGCAAGAACCCCAAGCUAAUGUUGCGCAGAUCAGAGACUGUGGUUGAGCGAAUGCUGUGCAACUGGAUGUCCAUCUGCCUUUAUCAAUUCCUAAAGGACUCUGCAGGGGAGCCUCUGUACAAGCUGUUCAAGGCCAUCAAGCACCAGGUGGAGAAGGGCCCCAUCGAUGCGGUGGUGAAGAAGGCCAAGUACACACUGAACGAUACUGGUCUCCUGGGGGACGAUGUGGAGUACUGCCCAUUGACUCUGCAGGUGCUGGUACAUGGAGAGGGGCCGGACGUCACCCUGGUGAAGGUGCUCAACUGCGAUACCAUCUCCCAGGUGAAGGAGAAGAUCAUCGACCAGGUGUAUAAAAACCUGCCCUACUCUCAGAGACCCAUGAUGGAGAGUGUAACACUUGAAUGGCGCCCUGGCUCCACUGGACAGAUCUUAUCUGACCUGGACUUGACAUCCCAGAAAGAAGGUAGAUGGAGAAGAAUGAACACUUUGGCACACUAUAAUGUGCGGGACAAUGCAACCCUGGUCUUGUCCAGGGUCCUUCAUCCACUACAGUCUUUUGAGCAGCAUCAGGACAGCCACGAAGAGACAAAUAAUUUGCUGGAUGACGACAAAGUUUUCCACUUGGUGCGGUCAACGGACGAUCUGGAUGAGGUCAAGAAAGGCAGCAAGGAAAAGUCAAUGACCAAAGCCAUCACCGAGCUUUAUCUCACACGGUUGCUCUCUGUGAAGGGCACCUUGCAGAAGUUCGUGGACGACUUCUUCCGCGGCGUCCUGUGUUCAGGGGCAGUGGUGCCCCCGGCUGUUAAGUACUUCUUUGAUUUCUUGGAUGAGCAGGCACAGAAGCAUGACAACGUGGACGAUGAGACAAUCCACAUCUGGAAGACUAACAGCUUGCCUCUGAGGUUCUGGGUUAACAUCCUGAAGAACCCCCACUUCAUCUUCGACGUCCACGUAUCCGAAGUGGUGGAUGCCUCGCUGUCGGUCAUCGCCCAGACCUUUAUGGACGCCUGCACCAAAAGCGAACACAAGCUGAGCCGGGACUCUCCAAGUAACAAAUUACUCUAUGCAAAGGAAAUCUCCACAUACAAGAAAAUGGUGGAUGAAUACUACAGGGGCAUCAGGCAAAUGAUAUCCGUCAGUGACCAAGACAUGAAUACCCACCUGGCAGAGGUGUCACGGUCGCACACUGACAAACUCAAUACCCAAGUGGCCCUGCACCAGCUCUACCAGUAUGCAAGCAAAUACUACGAUGUGAUCAUUACCUCCCUGGAUGAGGACCCCGCAGCUCAGAAUAAACAGCUGACCCUGCGCCUGCAGCAGAUAGCUGCCGCGCUGGAGAACAAAGUGACUGAUCUGUAACCUCCGAGGGAGGCCGGCAAGCGGAUGCGGUUCAGUAUCGCCGGUGUUAAUGUGGGGUUUAUUUCACGAGAGGAGGGGGCUACUCCGUGCUCUGAAAAAGAGUGCACAAUUAAAUGUCCGCCGUCACCUGCACACAGCCAUCAGAAGGACCAGAGGUAGUGCUUACAAGACCAAGAUGAACUGAAAGCAAUGACAUUUGUCUCAUAAAACAAAAAAAAAAUAAUCCUGCCAAUGACAGCACCCAGUGCCAAGACACAACUGAAUUCUCAACUGUCUGUGGGGUCCGCCGCAGACCCUGCGCCAGAUCAUGUUAACAGGUGGAGAUCACCAGUUCUCAGCCAUCUCCAUGGCGACUUGGCCUACGAAAUAAGCCCUGCAUUAAUCAUGAGCUUUGAUGAUAAUCAGAUGUUCAAUUUCUUCUUGUGUAGAAAUGUUUAAUAAUAGUAUUGUAUAUUUUUUAUUGUAUUCUUUAUUCAGAAAGCUUUAUAAGAAGUAAUUCACUUUUUAAAUUGACAGCCAUUUUAGUUUAAUUGUAUUUUUACAAGUAAAUACAGGGGGAUGCAGAGAAUGGAUGGAAAUGUAUGUUACCUAUAGAGCCUCUACCACCGUUGGCAGACACGGGCAGUACCCCCCCCCGCCCCCCCAGAAUCAUGUGUUGGAAAAAUGUAGUUAAAACUGCAAGACUGAAAUGUGGCUGGCUAGUAUUCAGUGCAGUUGGUUUUAAUUCAUCCAAUAUACUGUCAUUUUUUUAUUGAGUUAUUUGUUCUUUGUGCCUGCUAAGAGAUGCCUGUUCCAUAACAUCUUAGAUGAGGUGUUUUUGAGGACAGGUAUUGCUGGGAAUUUAUUGCUUUUUAAAUUUCCCUUUCUAUAACAAAACAAUACAAAAAGCACACCAGAGUCAUUUUAGUUUUUAUAUAUAUUUUGUACAGUCCUUAGUGAAAGAUGUUUCUGGACCAAUUGUAUUGCAGAGAUGAAACAUUUAGAAUAUACUGCAGAGUGUAACUAGAAUCUAUGUGAACUAUCCACAAUCUCAAAUCCAUUUAUAUAGCCUUAGCAUUAAAUCUUCAUGCAAGCCAGACCUAAGGGUUUGCUAAAGCACAUGAUAAAAAUAUCAGGUGUCAUUUUUUCACACUAAUAGAUAUGAAAUUUGAUUCUGGUAGCUAUAAUUCAUUAUAUAUGCAUUGAUUACUCAUCAUGCAAAUGCCAGAUUCUGUGAGACACAGGUGGAAUUGCAGGUCAGUUUGAUAUCUGCUAUAACACAUUGUUAAAAACUGUUAGUGUGUCAUAUGUUCAGCACUGGCUUGUUUUAAAGGCGCAGGAAUUCUACACUGAAAUAAGGUACUGCAGCACAAACUCAAUUUUCCUUUUUUUUAAAAAAAAAAAAAAAAAAACUCAAAUCUACUAAAGUGUGUGUAUAUAUGGUCCACAAAGCCCACUCCAGAAUUUGAGUAUAAUCAGGUUCCUGUUUUUUAUUUUUUAAAAUAUAUGUGGUGGCAACUCAAACGUAACGUAUUAAUUUCCUUACACGAAUUAGCGCAUUCAGUGGUUAAUGCUUAGUGGUAUUGACUGUUAUGUCUGUUAACAAAAUGUGCUUUCACCUCAGAGAACAAUGCACCAUCGUAGUGGAUAUAAAUGAUUAUGCUUAUCAAUAACGAGAUGAGUAACCGAAUGGUACUUCAGAUUAUUUAUUGCAAAGCUGUCACCCCCUAUAAGCUAUCAGUUCUGGGAUUGGACUGGUGCUUUAAGAUCAGUGAUCACUAUCUGAACCCAUAUAGAACAUAAUAUCACUUUGAAAUCAUUAUAGCACCAACAAAUUAUCACAGCUGAUUUCAUAUUUGAGAUGUGCAACAAUUUGGCUAUUGCAGCUGAAUGCUAACACAUUUUAGCAUUAGCAUAAUGUUGGGCCUCAAGUUUGAGAUCAGCCGUCGUCUGCCUGCAGAGUAGACUUUAGAGCCAGUGGCUGCACUACAGGGAGGAUCUCUGCACUGUGAGGAUUUACACUAGCAGUUGAUUUUGAUCUUAAUCACCUUUCUUCAAAAAAAAAAAAAAAACACACCAAUGUCAGUUGUUUACCAGUCAGCCCAGUGCUGAUAGCUCAGUACGAAGCUUCUGCCUUUUUUAAACCAAACUGUGCCUUAUAACUUCUAUUCGUGAUGAUACCAUUUUUAUGGUGACAAGGGUGCAGCAAGGUUGAUGUUGACAUUCUGCCAACAACUACUGCGGCGGUCUUGUGCCAAUAUGUGUGACAAGCUUGACAAGCUGAAUGCCUAAAAAAAAAAAAACACGCAGAGUUUUCUACAUAGGUGAGCUAUGAGUUAGUGCUGAAUGUUCGUUAGCUUCUUAUGGGUUUGAAGGUUAAGGCAACAACUUAAAAACCCAGAUUAUUACUCAAGUGAAAAUUCGUGUUUUUCCUCUUCCUGUGUUACAAAAAUAGAAUCUUGUUUUACAUAUUGUACACACGUAUGUAUGAAAUACAUGUAAGAAAUGUGCAUCUGUAUUCUUACCUUACUGCUGUGCAGUUAUUUUUUAUUUUCCAUUAUCCUAACAUAUAGACAUUGUAAAACUUGCUGUCCCUGUAUUCCAGUUGUACAAGCCUAUGCAUUUAAAUACCCAGGGUUAGGUUUGUUGUGCCGGUGGUCUAUCUUUCCUUGUUAGUGCGGGUUGGGGGACAUGAAGAAUACCACUGUUUAUUCAUAGGCAUCACUGAAGAGGUACGCUACACCUGAUUUGUCCACAGUGGAAUAUGGAUAGUGGUUUCUCUUUCUUAAUGUGUGUGUGUGUGUAUGUGCGUGUGUAUAUGUGGUUUUUCCUUGAGCUGUAUGUACAAAGUCGGCUCGUACUUCCCUAGGUAUCCUGGCACCCCUACAGUAAUGCACCCCCCCCCCCCCCAACACAAUAUCCAACAGCUGUAAACUAUCACCAAGUCUAACUGACCAACAUUUUGUAUUUGGUGAAUCUUAAAAUAAAAUAUAAAAAACGAAUUGUA